AUGUCUGUUGCAGGCGAGGUGGUGUUGCAGCCCGACGAGCCCAUGCCGGAGUUCCUGGCGCCGCUGGAGAACCUCACGGCCACGCAGGGCCGUGACGUCACCUUCACGUGCGUCGUCAACCACCUGGGCAAGUACAAGGUGGCGUGGAUCAAGUCCGACUCCAAGGCGAUCCUCGCGAUCCACACGCACCUCGUGGCCCACAACCCGCGCCUCACCGUCACCCACAACGGGCACAACACGUGGAAGCUGCACAUCAACAACGUGCACCAGGACGACUCCGGCAUCUACAUGUGCCAGGUCAACACGGAGCCCAUGCGUAGCCAGAUGGGCCACCUGGACGUGGUGGUGCCGCCCGACAUCCUGAGCAACGGCUCGACGGACAGCGCGACGGCGCCGGAGGGCGGCACUGUGCGGCUGCGCUGCGUCGCCACGGGCGUGCCGCCGUCGCGGGUCACCUGGCGGCGCGAGGACGCCAAGGAGAUCGUGCUGCGCCAGGAGGGCGGCCGCGACAAGCAGAGUGUGCUCUACUUCGAAGGCGAGACCCUGACGCUGACGGGCGUGCAGCGGAGCGACAUGGGGGUCUACCUGUGCAUAGCCUCCAACGGAAUCCCGCCGUCCGUCAGCAAGAGGUUUCCCGUCACCGUGCUCUUUGCGCCGCUGGUGAAGGUGUCCAACCAGCUGGUGGCGGCGCCCGUCGGCAGUGACGUCACCAUCAACUGCUACGUGGAGGCGUCGCCGGGGGCGCUCUGCACCUGGCACAAGGACACAGACGGGAAGCUGAUGGAGGGCAGCAAGUACGCGAUGAGCGAGACGCCGAUGGGGUAUUCUCUGGUGAUGAACCUCACCAUCCGCUCGCUGGAGGCGCGCGACUUCGGCAGCUACACUUGCAUGGCGAAGAACCCGCUGGGCAGCGCCGAUGGAACCAUACGUCUCCAAGAGCUACACCUGCCGCCUAAGACAACGACAGCCGCCACGCACGCCCAUCCGCCGCCGACGCCGCGCAAGAAGUUGCAGGCGCACCACAAGGAGCAGCAGGGGUCUCACGUGAAGCGCAAGAAGGGCCGCAUGCAGAUGAGGCAGCCGCAGGACGGCGCCGGGGGCGGUGGCGGGGGCGGCGGGCAGCCGCUGCCGGACCCGCACCGAGAGCAGCCGUUCGAGGCCGACCUGGAGGCGGAGCUGGGGCGCGACUCCAACGCGCUGGCCGCCGCCGCCGCCGCCCCCGCCGCCACCACACUCGCAUCCCAGCCCGGGGGCCGUGGAGCGCCGCACCACGCCGCCCCCACGCGGCCCACCCUACUGUACCAGGCGGGCGGCGUGUCCGCCCCCAGUCGUCUUCCAGCGCUGCCCCUGCUGGGGGCAGCCAUCGCCACAGCGUGGUCAGCCGCGCUAGGCGCCUAG